CGAUGGCACACUGUUUCUUUGGGGUCUGAGUAUCAUAUAGAAAAGCAGCUUUGGAGCACAAUCAGUUCAGCCAGUCAGUAACAGUGUGAACUACUACAGCUUACAAGACUAAUCCUUUUUUGUUCGGACUUCUACCUUUGAACUGCACGAAGUUUAACGUCUACAUGGCUUUAUCUAAGCAAACGUCAGACGUCACCGUAGAUUACGUUUCAAAGCACUGCCCAGCAUUUGUUGGUGGUGGCUGCCCAUACGCCAAGCUUGCCCAAGAAAAGAAAGGCGUCUGUGUCAAAUGUCCCCCUUUCGAUAAUGGCUGCCCUUUCAAAGAAUGCAAGACUGUGGGUGAGCUUCAAGAGAAGAUGGGUCAGAUGCGGAAGCAGUCCAAAGGCGAAGCUCAAUGGAUCGAGUUUUUGAAGGAGGUCCACUUUCUUAGCAAGGAAAAAGACUUGGAGUACGGAACUGUCUCCCCUCAAAGCUUCUUCAAGGGUGGCUGCCCCUUUGCCAAAGAUACUGCAGGAAAGGAGAUUUUGAAACCUACAUACACUGUGUAUCCAUAUUCUUUAACGGUUGAGAAGAUCGUCGAGAAAUGCCCAGUUUUUGGAAAAGGUGUUUGCCCAUAUAAAGCUCUUGUUGAUGAAAUGAAAGGAAUCGCCGCAAACUGCCCCGGCUUUAAGAAUGGAUGCCCAUUCAAGAACCUGACAACCAUGGGUGAGUACGUGGGAAAAUUGGCCCAAAUGCGUGAUAAGAYAGCCACUCCCAAGGGUCGAGCUGCAUUCGAGAACUUGUUGAAGAGGGUUCAUGAGAUCUCCAAGGAGGCUGAGAAGAAAGCUGGACCCUGGCCAUUCCCUCCAAAUACCUGUCCAAUCUUUGCCCAUGAUGCACAUGGAAAGCGCAUCAUGCCAAAAUACAACUAGGCCUCCGCUGAGAGAAAGAAGAAGGAUCUGACUGGGUCAAUUAUGAUUAAGUAGUUUUUUUUAGAAAUUCCUAUUAUCUCCAUUUUGGUGUCUUUUUUAGGGUACGAUUUUAAGUCAGCCAGUUUCUUUCCAAUGUUUUAACUUUCAUUUUACACAGGUUUGGUGUUGGAACUUUUUUGUUUGGGAAAAAAUCCUUGGUAUUUGACGAGAUGAUGAGAUAGGUUACGAAUUACCUAUCGAGAGCUCCCACUUAUUCAGCCGGGCUGUAAGACCCCAUUCCUAAUGAAGCACUAUGGAAUUGCAUGAGUCAGUUACGUCAUUGCUAUUUGUUAUUUUUGUCACAUAUACUCCUUGCUUCUAUGGGUUUCGGUGUAGGGCCUUUUUCCGAAUAGGUCUUUUACUUAUUUUGUAAUUAACAAUUUUAAAGGUUAUCAUUCUUCAACAAGAAUAUUGUAGGGAUUUUUCAGGUCAUUCUUUGGUCAUUAUUUUGUCUAAUCUCGUCUUCAAGAGCAGUUUUUACGUUAUAACAGUGAUCAAUCUUAACAAUA